GAGGGAUCCGCUGGGGACACGGGGGGCGGGCGCCAGCGCAUUGGAGACCUGGGCGAGGGAACGCAGAGCACCAGGCGCAGCGGGAGGGGCCGGGUGUGGAGGCUGCAGUGCAACCCCGAGCGUGGAGAGGAGAGACAGGACCAGAGGUCCCGGAGGGGCCCCCGGGUAGGGACCGGGCAGAGAGACGCCUCUUGGGACAGACACCCCGGAGAAACUUCCCCUCCCCAGACCGAGAGCGCCCCUUGGGGCGGGACGAGGACAGGCGGACAGAGGACAGAGCCCCUCAGGGCGCCUGGAAGACCCCGGAGCGCCCUGGGUGUCCUGGGUUGGGACGAUGGGGACACGGGCUCUGCAGGGCCUCCUCGUCCUCCUCUUCCUCCCGCUGCCGCUUCCACGCAGGGCUUCCGCUGGGAGCCUGCACAGCCCAGGCCUGUCCGAGUGCUUCCAGGUGAACGGCGCCGACUACCGUGGCCACCAGAACCGCACAGGCCCGCGAGGGGCCGGCCGCCCGUGCCUCUUCUGGGACCAGACUCAGCAGCACAGCUACAGCAGCGCCAGCGACCCCCAGGGCCGCUGGGGGCUGGGCGCGCACAACUUCUGCCGGAAUCCUGACGGAGACGUGCAGCCCUGGUGCUACGUGGCCGAGACGGAGGAGGGCAUCUACUGGCGCUACUGCGACAUCCCCACGUGUCACAUGCCUGGGUACCUGGGCUGCUUCGUGGACUCGGGAGCGCCCCCAGCCCUCAGCGGCCCCAGCGGCACCUCCACGAAGCUCACGGUCCAAGUGUGUCUUCGCUUCUGCCGCAUGAAGGGCUACCAGCUGGCGGGGGUGGAGGCUGGCUACGCCUGCUUCUGUGGCUCAGAAAGCGACCUGACCCGGGGACGCCCGGCCCCAGCCACAGACUGUGACCAGAUCUGCUUCGGCCACCCGGGCCAGUUGUGUGGCGGCGACGGGCGCCUGGGCAUCUACGAAGUGUCUGUGGGUUCUUGCCAGGGGAACUGGACGGCGCCUCAGGGCGUCAUCUACUCCCCGGACUUCCCGGACGAGUACGGGCCUGAUCGGAACUGCAGUUGGGCGCUGGGCCCGCCAGGGGCCGCGCUGGAGCUCACCUUCCGCCUCUUCGAGCUGGCCGACCCGCGCGACAGGCUGGAGCUGCGGGAUGCCGCCUCUGGCCGCCUGCUGCGCACGUUCGACGGCAACCGCCCGCCGCCGUCAGGGCCCCUGCGCCUGCGGCCAGCCGCGCUGCUGCUCACCUUCCGCAGCGACGCGCGCGGCAACGCGCAGGGCUUCGCGCUCACCUACCGUGGCCUGCGGGACGCCCCUGAGAAGCAGGCGCCCCCCAGGGGUUCGGCCCAGACCCCUGCAGCACCCCUCGACGGGGCCAACGCGAGCUGCAGCCCCCGGCCCGGGGCUCCGGAAGCUGCGAUGGGCGCCCGCGUCUUCUCCACGGUGACGGCCAUCUCGGUGCUUCUGCUGCUGCUUCUCUCGCUGACGGGCCUGCUGCGCCAAAGGAGCUGUCUGCUGGCUCCGGGGAAGGGGCCUCUGGCGUUGGGGCCUUCCCGGGGUCCCAGGAGAAGCUGGGCCGUGUGGUACCGCCGGCCCCGAGGGGUGGCCCUGCCCUGCCCGUCUGGGGAGCCCCAGGCUGAGGGUCCAGCUGCAGGCUACCGGCCCCUGAGCGCCUCCAGCCAGAGCUCUCUGCCCUCACUCAUCUCCGCUCUCUGACUCCAAGCCUCAGGGGUCCAUCUCCGCCAGCGGGAUGGACAUCUGAGAUGCUGUGCCACACGCUACCUCGCCUUCCGGCCAUUUACCAGCAGCUCGGCCUCUGGUCAUCUCGGGGAAGCCAGAGUCGGGCGGGAAGCAUCUGGUGCUACAUGGCGACCCAGGCAUGACGCUAGGGUCCAGAUGGUUAUGGACAAAGGGCAGGACAAACCCGGCCCACCCAUUCACAGACCUUGAUGUGGGGAUGGUGUCUCUGGUUUCAGGGGUCUUUGGGCACCUCUUGGGGUGCUCCUGGGCUACUGCCCUCAGGGAGAGGUCAGGAGUCAACAAAAGUAGUCAAAAGACCAGCUACAGACUUUGAAUAAAGGAACUAUUUUGAUUCAGGCCUGGGCAAGUUCUUACGCGAUGGGGAGGAGCUAUGCAACUGAGGUGCUGGAGCCGAGAGUUGGGCAUCUCUAUGCAAAUAGAGGACGUUCGUUCUACACUGAGUGAGUUUAGUGGAGCGGCUUGGAAUGCAGAGGACUGAGGAUUGAGGCGGACGGAUGCAUGGGCGGGGUCCUGCAGGAAGAAGCAGGAGGGGUGGCCUGUUGUGGGCAGGAUUAUGCAGAGGGGGUGUUUUCCUGGGCCUAGCUCCGGUGGGCAGGGCACAGACUGCCAGGCUGACCUUUCUCCCCGCGCCACCUGCCUCUCUUUUUCUCUUCGUUUCCUGCCUGUCUUGGGCGGGGCAGAGGGUGAGCCUCGUGGGCCAUAACAAGGAUCGAGUCAGGCCGAGCCCAAGCUCGGAGAAGCCUGGUCUGAAAGGCAGGGCCUCGCCUUAGGGCGCCAGGCGCGUGAGGCAAGAAGCAGAGGCCUGGGCACCUUGCUGCGCUCCGGAGAGUCGGGCCCGUGGAGAGCUCGUCCCCGGGAGUAGGGAGCGCAAGCUUUGGCCGCGACCGUCCGAAUGGCCCAGGGCCGACAGCACCUUGGACAGAGCCCGGCCUGCUAGUGGGGCUGGGUGUUGGGGCUGCGCCUGAGAGGGUGGGUACCCAAGGGUGCAGCGACCCGGGGGUCGCGGGGACACCCGGGGCGCACACUGCUGGGGGACCCGAGGCGCCGGGGCCGCUCCCAGAGAGCUCCCGGGAACCAGAACGUCGGGUCACAAGCCGACCGCCCCUCAUACAAACGAGGCGGGGACUGUAUAAAUUAUGCCAAGGGGCGAGGUCCUGGGCGGUCUACCCCUGCCUACCGCGCCAAUUGGCCUUGGCAGCACUGACGUCAUGGGCCUAGCGCGCGAAACUACUACAGGCCUGCGGGGGCGAGAACCAGGGCGGAGCCUGGCUUCUCCUCCUGAGUCCCGCCGCACCCGUCUUCCCAGCUGUGGCUAGAUAACCCGCCAGCCGCCUCCGCACUCCGUCCCUCCGGCCCGCAGUCCUCGGGGCCCGGGCCGGCAUUGCGCUCCGGCGCCGGCGCGUUCCGCA